CAGUUUUUAGCAUUCAAGGACUGGCUAGCCAUAAGGACAUAACCUCAGCAUCUAUCGGCUGCCAAUCAUCAGUGGGGUAACACCGACGGCAAGCCAUCUGAGAAUUGGGAGUAGUGGCUUACCACUAGCAUUAGGUGGUUAGCGUGUGGCGUCUAUUAGAAUUUCUGUGGGUGUUUUAAGUGUAGAAAACGCGAAUGGGACACGCCAGCCUUCACAGACGGCCUGAAUGGGAGAAGGAGUGAGCAUGGACAACCUUUCGGAGUUUGGAGGCCUUUGUCCAUCCAGCCGGAGGGAAUGGGACACAAGCAGCUGUGUGGAUGAUUUAAUGGACGAAGAUGAGAAGGACAGAGCAAAAAGGGCGUCCCGUAAUAAAUCAGAGAAGAAGAGGAGAGACCAGUUCAAUGUUCUCAUUAAAGAGCUGUGUACUAUGCUGCAGGGUCAAGGUCACCCCCGCAAGAUGGACAAAUCCACCAUCCUGCAGAGGACCAUUGACUUCCUGCAGAAACAGAAAGAGAUCACAGGUCAAACAGAAUCUUGUGAGGUCCGGCAGGACUGGAAGCCUUCUUUCCUCAGCAAUGAGGAAUUCACCCAGUUAAUGUUGGAGGCUUUGGAUGGUUUCCUAAUAGCUCUUACCACAGAUGGGAACAUCAUAUAUGUAUCUGACAGUGUCUCGUCUCUCAUUGGCCAUCUGCCGUCAGAUAUGGUGGACCAGAACAUUUUGAACUUCCUGCCAGAGCGAGAGCACGGAGAGGUGUACAAACUUCUGUCAUCACACAUGCUCUUGACGGAGCCUUCUGCUGUGGACCUACUCAACAGCAAUGAGACGCACGUCGAGUUCUGCUGUCAUUUAGCGAGGGGGAAUGUUAACCCGAAAGAACCGCCCACAUAUGAAUAUGUCAAAUUUGUUGGAGAUUUCAAGUUUCAUAGUAACGUGCCUCUGUCUACAUGUAACGGUUAUGAGCUGGCGUUCCCGCGCACACUGCAGUCUUCAUUAGAGGAGCAGAUCUGUCUCAUAGCCACAGUGAGACUCGUGACCCCUCAGUUUCUGAAGGAUAUGUGCAACAUGGAGGAUGUGUGUGAUGAAUUCACAUCAAGACACAGUCUGGAAUGGAAAUUUCUCUUCUUAGAUCACAGGGCCUCUCCUAUCAUCGGGUACCUACCGUUUGAGGUUUUGGGGACCUCUGGUUACGACUACUACCAUGUGGACGACCUGGAGCUGAUUGCUCAGUGUCAUAAACAAUUGAUGCAAUUUGGGAAAGGAAAAUCCUGUUACUAUCGGUUCCUGACUAAAGGGCAGCAGUGGAUCUGGCUACAGACACACUAUUACAUCACAUACCACCAGUGGAACUCCAAACCAGAGUUUAUCGUCUGUACACACAACGUGGUCAGUUAUGCUGAAGUCCGAGCGGAGAGAAGGAGAGAGUUUGGAUUGGAGGAAAGCUCAUCUGAUAUGGCCACAUCCUCAGUCAAGGGCCAGGAGGUGUUUUUGGACAUGUGUCCUCCUUUGAAAAAAACACGGGACAGAAUCAACAGCGCUCGAUCAGUGUCAUCACAAAGCUCGAGAAAAUCAUCACACACAGCACUGUCCGACUCUGCAUCGAACUCAUCGGUGAGGUACACAGAAGCAUGCACGUCAUCACGGCAGUCUGCUUCCAUUGGUCCUGAGAAGAGCUCCAGCAGAAUGCCACAUAGUGGAUCGAAGACCCUGAUUCAGAGGCAGAGCUCCUCGGAGGCCACAUCACUCUCCCCCUCCUGCAGUCAGCAAUCCACCAUGACACAAUCUCUGUACGAAUUCCAGCAGCCUCAGUUAGGCGUCAUGCAUCAGCUGAAAGAGCAGCUAGAGGAGCGGACACGCAUCCUACAGGCCGACAUCAAGACACAACAACAAGAGCUGCACGACAUUAAAGAGAAACUACAGCUCGCCAACCUACAGAUGUUUCUCCAGCAGCCGAUACAGGGAGAGUUUGCCGGUUCUGGUUCACAGUCGCAGGGUCCAGGCAGGCCAGCCCAACAAAACACACACCCCAAACCUCAACACUGUGCUUCACAUUCAUCACACACACUGCUCAGAGAACAGCCCAGUAGCUCAUCUGCUCAGGGGCAGCAGAGACUGGUUCAGACUGGACACAUGCAGGCCGUCAGUGUUCCAAUGCAGACACACACCAGUAUCACCACACCCUUUUACAGCAACCCAAUGAUGUUCUCCCCCAACCACGGACACAGAACCCAACAAGACACGCACUGCCAAAGAAACACACACACCGACUACAGCCAGGAUGGACAGCUACGUAGGAUGCUGCUAAACCAGCCAAUGCAGACGCUUGUAUCAGACAGCAAUGGGGGGGCUCAGUCUUCCCAGUGCAGCUCAACUAUUCAACAAACCAAAUAUCCUCUGGACCAGCAGAUGAUGGCUCCUUCCUUCCCUGUGCAGCAGGUGAAUUGUAACGCUGUGCUUGUCCCGUCCCCCGUCUUCACCUCACCAAUCAUGAUCCCCCAUAAUAGUUUCAUCACCCAUCAGGCCACACCUACCUACACGCCUCACCCGGUGGCUGCCCCGCACGGCUUACCUCUACAGCAACCUCAGCAGUUCUUUCAGAUGCAGCCUCAGGGUCUGAUUCACAGCACUCCCACUCAGGCCUUAUUCCACACCCCUGGCAUUCCACAGCAAAGCAUUGUGGGAUACGUACAGCCACAGCAGCAGCAACAACAACAACAGCAGCAGCAACAGCAACAGCAGCAUCAUCACUCCCAGUCCAGCAACCUGUCGGACUACAGAAACAUGCUCCAACGGUAGCCCCGCCCCCUGGGAGAAGACAAGAGGUUGCCAGGAAAGUGCGUUGAGCAUUUAGCUCUGAAAGGCAUGAUGGGAAGGGACUCUCUCUCGGCUCAGAGGAAGGCUCGGUCCCGAGCCAAACCAAAUCGAGAAAGCCAAAGUCCCUUAAAGUUCCCAUGACAGCAAAUGAUGGUGAUAACGCCACGAGGCCCAAGGGCUCUGCCUGGCCCGGACUGCACGCAGAGGAUGCUGGGAUAUGUAGGAGGAGCCCACAUGGGGCGUGACCCAUCUGUUAUUCAUGGAGACGGGUCACAGAGCAGUCGAGCAGAUGCUCCGAUUGAUAGAAAAAGGACAGAAAGCCGGAAGGGUUUUGGCACUGUAAUGUUACAGCCCGUUGACUUUAUCUGGACUUUUUAACAUACAAACACACGCAAACAAGACAAAAUCAAGUAAUGCCUUGACAGAGCUUAAACUCAAUCCAGAGUCCGCUGAGUUUGCUGUCACAUGUUCUGUUCUCAAACGCAUACUAAAAUACUAGCUAAAAGAGAAAUGGCCCCACCAAAAAGAAGAAAAAUACAUGGUCAUGAACUGCUUUUCACACAUCAUAUUUCAUAUGUGUAUGCUGAUGAGAGGAGCUGAGCACAGUUCAGCGAAGACCCAAACAUUUCAAAAAUGCAUAAAUUUGACUGCCUGUUAUCAUGUGCAGAGCAAGUUCAGUCCUCUCCUGUUGUAACGUUAAUGCUAACGUAAGAAACUUGAAUCACGUUGUAUAUUUCAAAUAUUUAAGAACAAUUUAAAAGUUCAGACUAGGGCAACAUUUUCCUACUGUUGAGGUCAACUCAAUCC